GUUCUUCGGAUACAAGAGGCAGCUUGACAUGGUUUGCGGGGCUCCUUUUCUGGGCGCCAAGGCCAACCCCCGCUUAAACCAUACAGGCAGUAAUCGAAAACGCCGUGGUGGACCUCACCUCGUCGCAUCCAACUGGGAACCCAAAUCGACAAACAAAUCUCGACCUCAACUUCACAACUUCGCAUAUCAUUUUGGAUGCAAUGAACCUCGUCGAACGAGUCCUUUCGUGGCUCCCUCCCAAGCUGAGGCGCAAACUCUGGAGGCUACGCAGCCGCUUGCGCCAGCCCUUCACUCCUCUCGAGCUACGCCGAUCGCUGGGCACACUGCGCAUGAUCCACGCCGAUGGUUUCCACGAAUCCUUCCCCACCGCGCGUGCUUGCCUAGAUCUUGCGCGCCUCCUCUUCAAGCUGCCGUGGUCUCACCCGUGCUGCCUCCCGCCGCCGCCCAGCGAAAUCAUGGCCUAUCCACAUCACCAGUACUUUCAAACACACCACGCCGCCCUCCUCGGCGAACGCCUGCUGCCCCUCUGGCGCUGGCGCGACACGGCACCGCGCUCCUUCUUCCGGAUAUAUGAAACCUUUUGCGCCAGCCACCACGAGUACAUCGGGUACGAGACCGAGUAUUUCUGGUACCGCAACGACCCGGCCUGGACACCCGAGAUGCUGCCCGACCCGCGUGAGUUCGGAGUUCUGGCCGCAGGCGAGGAAGGCGAGCGGCAGCUCGCCGUGCUCGCUUCGACGGCAGAAGCCCUGGCAGACGCCUUUAACUGGCGCUAUAUGUACGGCUUCCGGAGCGACCGCGAGCACGUCGAGCCGUCCAUACACGACCCGCCGCGCGUCUACAAGACCGUCUUCAAGGGGCCCGCCUGGGCUGCGUCGGUCCCGCGCCUGCCUACCUUUUUCGAACUCGUCCCGGUCGACCCCGAGUGGAUGGCUAAGGGUAAAGACAACGUGGUUCAUUAUUCCGGCGACUUGUGCCCCUUCUGGAAGCGCAACAUUUUUGCCGAGACUUCCUCGCUGAGGACCGUAUAGCUGUGUCUGAUAAGUCGUUCCUGAACUUUGCCUGUACCGAUGAAGACCGGCCUUGAUUAAUGUGAAGCCGGUCAAGCUUAGACCCUAGGCCGAACUCCCAAUUCACCGAGUUACGGCCCUCAAAAAUAACUGUACCCUGCUCAAUGCUGUCCUCCAAAAGGCUCUG